UCCUCCCAUUAUUAAAAAAAAUCUCAAAUUUUCACUAGGAUCCUCUUUUGACCAGCUCUGCCUUAUUAGAUCUCAUCACUUUUUUGAGAUUUUCAGCAAUAAAUCUCCUUCCUUUUUUUUUUUUUUCACCCUCACUUUAAUUUUUUUUUAAAUCUCUUUUUGGGUAUUCCAAAGAUAGCCCUUUUCUUUAAUGACCUAAGCCCUAAGGCUCGGUACGGGUACAGGCACAGGUACAUCAUGCCCAGUAUCCCAGCAAAAUUCACAAUCACGACACACACACCCCCACCCACUUUUAUAUGUUCCCUCCGUUUCUAUUCAGUCACCAUUGCUAACCCUUUAGUGCUCGAUUGAGGGUGAUAGUAUCGCACGAUUAGAGUGGUUUGCAGCAGACAAACAACAUCAACAAUGGCAAAUGGUGGUGGUCUUCGUGGAAACCCCCCCAAAUCUCCCCUUUCCUUAGAGGUAAACAGACACCAUCAACGUUGCAGCCACAUAAAAACCACAUUACAUUCGUUCAUGUCUGUUAUUAUUUGUGGCAUGUAAUCUCAAUUUAGGGCCUUCCUCGUGCCAUCCCCUUGUGUCUCUGUAACUUCAUCGUGGUGUGUGACCUAGCUCUAGCUGCACCUGCACCUGCACCUGCACCCCACCCCAAUUGUUGCAUGCGCUAAGAAGUACGAAAAAAUAAGCCGAAGUGCGCAAUUUUAUGUCCAAUUCGUGAAUUCAGGGCCUUAAUUCCUAGUUUUGGUUGAUGGGUUCUUCAAAAGUUUGGGUUUUUUUUCGAGGGAUGUGGACCGUCUUGGUAGGAUGAACUUGAAGCAUGUUAUUACUGUUGACGAUCGACUCGCAGAUGCAGAUACACUGUACCCUUUCGAGCGAUUUCAUCCUUAAUUAACUUUUUGCCUGAUGUUUAGGGUUUCGAACAGCGAUUGUUCUUUCUUCUGAUCAAGGGUUAUCCGCUAAUUUCUCCAACCAGAGGCUAUCACAUUGGUUCGAUUACGAUUUCUGCAUGUUGCCCAAGUUUUGAUUUUGUAUUUCCGUUUUGCCUUUUCUUUUUUCUUUUUUCUUUUUUCUUUCGGGGGAACUUAUGUAACGGUUUUGUCUGUGAUGUUACAUGAGGAUGUGACUUGGGACGUUGAUAACUCCAGUUGUGUCGCCUGGGUAUUAGUGAAGUUGCAGGAACUGUAACGCUUUUUCAUGAAGGUUCAAUUUUGAUGUUGAGUUCAGAGUUUAUAGCUGGCAAUCACUCAAAUGGAGUUAUUUUUGACUGCCAAUAAGGCAAUUCUAUGGAGUUUUAUGCUUCGAUUUGAUUUUCCUUUGUGGUGUUAAGUUGAGAGAAAUAUUCUUCUGUAAUAUAGGGUUGUCCAGUUUACUAGAUUUUCUUUAUUUCCUUUGGUAAGUCUUGAUGGUAAGUGAUUUAUGACUAACGAAACUAGCCAACCGCUUCUAAAAUGACGGUAAUCUGCCAAUUCCAGUAAUGUGUAGUACUCUGUUUGAUGAACAUUUAUGGCAUUUUGAUAAGAUUUCGGCGACGUUGUUGAUGAUUUCAAAUGGUAUGCUUGGAGGAAAAGAGUUGAUCAUUUUAUCUUGUAAGUGAUUGGUAAAAGAGUUGGCUUCCCGUUGUUGCCCAUUCUAACAACUAAACUGCAUUGUAAAAAUUAAAAGCAGAGUUAAAAAUUUAAGAUUGCAUGAUCUUGCAUUAGGUUUUGUGUACCCUACAUCAGGAGGAGGCAUCAGUUUUGAUUGAGUAUUUUCUAAUAGAUUUUUUAGAAGUGUCAAAAGCGAACACUUUAGACCAUCUAGUGAUUAUUCGGUACAUGGACAGACGUGUGGAUUCUUUCAUUCCUCUUUGUUAUGAAGCAACUGAUUUUGAGACCUGGUGGUAGUUCCAGUUGAAUAUCGUGGAACUUUAUUAUGUCAUAACGGAACUCUUCUGGUAAGGCAUAUUGAUUGAGGGGGUUCAACCCGAAAUUUCCGGCUUGUUUGUUGCAUUAGGGGCAGAGAACCUCUCUGUGAUUUUUGGUCUGAAAAGAAAGUAACUGCCAUUCUAACUCCAUUAUAGGACUAUACAAUUAGUUCUUUGCGUGUCAAUGAUUCUAGGAAAUGGGUUGUUCAGAUGAAAUCCCUCAUGAAGUGGCAAAUUCAAGUGUUUUCUUUUGUUUUUAUGUUUUAAAUUCUUCAACUUAUUCUGUGCAUUGCAAUCUGUCUAAAAACGUGUCAGUGCUCUAAGCAUGAUGUUUAUUGUUUCAGUUUUCACUUUAGAAAAAUUGGCAUGAAAAGGAUAAGCAUAAUGUCCUUGGUUUGUUGAUUUAGCUUGGAAUGCUGUCUGUACUGUGAUAUAAUCCUUAUCGAUAGUUUAGGUUCCUGAUUUUCUGUGAAAAUCUUUUUCAUCAGUUUGUUAAAGCGGUUGUGUUGAAUCUGCAGAAGAUACCUGGCUUUGUGCAAUAAGUUGACUGGCUUUUCAGCUGUUCUGAAGAAUUUCUGUUCCUCUUACUUGUAUAUGGGGAUGAUGGCGUUGGCUUAUGCUCAGGGAAAACGUUUGAUGAUUUCGAACGGCAUCCUUUAGCCCGGAAUAAAAUGUUUGAUGAUGUUGAACAGCAUCCUUUAGCCGGGAAAAUAUUCUCUCCUGUUUCCUAGAAGCUGGCUUACUUUAGGGACCUGUAGGUUGAUAGCAUUCGAGUGUUACACUACAUUCAUCGUGGAUUAUGGAGUGGCUCCCUUGUGCAAAUUUACAACAUGCUGGAAAAACAGAUUGCUCUCAACAGAUUUUGGGGACAGAUGCUGUCCAUGAUGGAGAAUCUGUCCACCUUGAAUCUGAGAAACGAGUUCAAGCUUCGGAUAGCAGAGUAGAUGCUGUAUUCUUUACUGUGGAUGGGAAAGGAAAUGAUGUACAAGUUGGUGGUGAAGGAGGAGUCCACCAUACAUGUGAUCUCGAGGACCAGUUGGGUGGAGCUUCACAGUCUGAUUGCUCCAUGGAUGACCCAAAAGCAUCUAGUGGUUCUCUUGAUUUUGAAGAAAGUAACGUAAAUGAACAGAGCUAUUGCACUGAAUCUUUAUUGGCCUUAGAGAAUUCUCAAAUAAUUGUGGAUACUAUCGAAAGUGAACUGCCAAGCAAUAACAGGGAUGGAGAUUCAUCGGUUUCUGAGCCUAAGUGGCUAGAAGGAGAUGAAUCUUUAGCAUUAUGGGUGAAGUGGAGAGGGAAGUGGCAAGCAGGAAUAAGAUGUGAAAGGGCUGACUGGCCAUUAUCAACUUUGAAAGCAAAGCCAACUCGUGAGAGGAAGAAGUACUUUGUCAUAUUUUUCCCACACACAAGAAACUAUUCAUGGGCGGAUAUGCUUCUCGUUCGUCCUAUUUCCGAAUUUCCAGAGCCCAUUGCUCAUAGGACACAUAAAGCUGGAAUAAAAACGGUCAAAGAUUUGACUGUUGCACGCAGGUUUAUUAUGCGGAAGCUAGCUGUUGGCAUGUUAAAUAUUGUCGAUCAGUUGCACAUAGAGGCCUUGAUAGAGGCUGCAAAGGAUGUACUUGUCUGGAAGGAGUUUGCUAGGGAAGCAUCUCACUGCACUGGUUACACUGAUCUUGGAAGGAUGCUCUUGAAGUUGCACACUAUGAUAUUGCAGAGCUACAUAAGUUCUGAAUGGUUACAGCAUGCAUUUACUAGUUGGGCACAGAGGUGUCAGAAGGCAGACAGUGCCGAAACCAUUGAAAUGUUGACAGAGGAAUUGUUUGAUUCUGUCUUGUGGAAGGAGGUAAACUCCUUGGAGGCUCCAAUGCAGCCCCUGCUGAAUUCUCAGUGGAGAACCUGGAAGCAUGACGUUACGAAAUUGUUCUCAAUGUCCCAUCCUGAAUUUACAAGUGCAAACAUUGACAACCGAGUCAAUGGCGAUCCAAUAGUCCCCAAUCUCCAGAUGAAUAGGAAGAGGCCCAAACUUGAAAUUCGUCGUGCAGAUGCGCAUGCUUCUCAGAUAGAAAGCAAAGGAUCCCAUGAGGCUGCAACUGUUGAGAUUGAUUCUGAAUUUUUCAACUCUCGAGACACUGUAAAUGGUGCUGCUUUAAUGUCUGAACCUCAUCAACAUGAACCUCUAGGUGUAGGUGGCGAAGCGAUUGCUUCACAUGGUAAUGUGGCUGAAUGGGACAAAAUUGUUGUGGAGGGCAAACCUGGUGACUCAAUCCAAGCCAAUGAUAUCGGAUUGAAUCUCACAAAAGCUGUGGAGAUGACACCUGUAAACGAAAUGUCCAGUAAAAAGGCCUUAUUUACUGGUGGUAAGAGUCGUCAGUGUGAAGCUUUUAUUGAAUCUAAAGGAAGGCAAUGUGUUAGGUCAGCCAACGAAGGUGAUGUUUACUGCUGUGUGCAUUUGGCCUCUCGGUUUUUGGGCAGUUCUGCUAGAGCAGAAAGGACACCUCCUGUUGAAACACCGCCCUGUCAAGGUACCACAGUUCUAGGCACAAAAUGCAAGCACCGUUCUCUCCCAGGCUCCACAUUCUGUAAGAAGCACAGGCCUCAAACUGACCGUACUAAGAGCUCAGUUCCAUUAGAAAAUUCACACAAGAGAAAGCAUGAAGAGAGUGUCUGGAGGUCAGAAAAUGUUUAUUCUAGAGGUGUGGAAGUGGGGAGAGUUCAAAGUCUGGUCCGAGCUGAACCUGUCGCAGUUGCACUGUCAACGGGGAAAGGCUUAGGUGAGAUGCCGGAGCAUUCUGGUAGAAAUUUUAACGGCAUGGAGGCAGGGCCCUGCUGUAUAGGCUUGUCCUCGCCCGAUAAGAAUGAGCAAUGCAUGGAUAAUCCAAGUCGUUAUUCGUUGUACUGUGACAAGCACCUUCCGAGCUGGCUUAAACGAGCCAGGAAUGGUAAGAGUAGGAUAAUUUCGAAAGAAGUGUUUUUAGAGCUUUUGGGGGAUUGCUCCUCUGAGGAACAAAAGAUCCAUUUGCAUAAGGCGUGUGAGCUAUUCUUUAGGCUGUUUAAAAGCAUUUUGUCUCUUCGGAACCCAGUUCCCAUGGAAGUGCAAUUCCAGUGGGCCCUAUCUGAAGCUUCCAAAAAUCUUCGUGUCGGGGAGUUUCUCAUGAAGUUGGUCUGCUCUGAAAAAGAGAGACUAACGAGAAUUUGGGGCUGUGGUGCCACUGAAGAUGGACAAGAUAUUCUGCCAGAAAUGGAAGAAGAGUCUAUGUUACCAUUGGUGGAUGGCGGUAGCAACGACGAUGAAAAAGCGAUCAAGUGCAAGAUUUGCUCGGAAGAAUUUGUCAGUGAUCAAGUCCUUGGUAGCCAUUGGAUGGACAGACAUAAGAAGGAAGCGCAGUGGCUGUUUAGAGGCUAUGCUUGUGCCAUUUGCCUUGAUUCUUAUACCAACAAGAAGGUUUUAGAAACCCAUGUGCAGGAGAGACACCAUGUGCAAUUUGUGGAGCAGUGCAAGCUUCUUCAGUGUAUUCCUUGUGGAAGCCAUUUUGGAAACACGGAGGAGCUAUGGUCACAUGUCCUCUCUGUCCACCCUUCGGAAUUCAGAUUGUCGAAGGUUGCUCAACAACCUAAUCCUUCAGCAGUGGAGGAUAUACCUUCGAAACCCGAGCCUGCACACUUAGCCUCUACAGACAAUAACACUGUAAAAGCAAGUGGUGUGCGAAAGUUCGUUUGCAGGUUCUGCGGGCUCAAAUUUAACUUACUUCCAGAUCUUGGCCGUCAUCAUCAAGCUGCUCAUAUGGGGCCAAGUUUAGCCAGUUCUCGGCCUUCAAAGAAAGGUGUACGUUACUAUGCUUAUCAGAUGAAAUCGGGGAGACUUAGUCGCCCAAGAUUUAAGAAAGCUUUGGGAGCGGCGUCCUAUAGGAUCAGAAAUAGGGCUAGCUUGAAAAAGCGUAUCCAGGCAUCAAAAUCACUUAGCUCCAUGGUAACAAAUUUGCAGCCUCAUGUAACAGAAGUAGCCAGAUAUACGAGGUUGGCGGAAUCCGAAUGCUCAAGAAUUGCACAAAUACUGUUCUCUCAUAUUCAGAAAACCAAAUGUCGGCCCAACAACUUGGAGGUUUUAUCUAUUGCUCGCUCUGCUUGCUGCAAGUAUGGCAUUAAAGCCUCAUUCGAGCGGAUGUAUGGAGUAUUGCCCGAACGCUUUUACUUGAAGGCAGCCAAACUAUGCAGUGAGAACAAUAUUCAUGUUAGCUGGCACUUAGAUGAUUUUGUUUGUCCUAAUGGAUGUAAACCAGAGGAUGGUCCCCAUGUAUUGUCUUCAUUGAUCCCUCUUUCAAAGGGUAAUGUCGAUCAUAGUUCUCGCCAUUUAGCAGAGCAUCUGGAUGAUGAGUGGGAAGUGGAUGAGAGCCACUGUGUUAUUGAGUCGCAACAAUUAAAAUCUAGGACACUGCAAAAUGCCAUUGUCUUGUGUGAAGACAUAAGCUUUGGGCGUGAAUCAGUUCCAAUAGCUUGUGUGGUGGAUGAAUGGCUUCUGGAUUCUCUUCAUGUUGUUGGAACUGAAGGCCAAAAUACCAUAUGUUCCAUGCCUUGGGAGAGCUUUACUUACGUUACGAAGCCAGUAGUUGACCAAUCUGCUGCCUUUGAAACAGAGAGUCUGCAAUUUGGGUGUACUUGCAAGGAUUUUUCAUGCAGACAAGAAGCAUGUGAUCACGUAUACCUUUUCAAUAAUGACAAUGAAGAUGCAAAAGAUAUUUAUGGAAGGUCCAUGCGUGGAAGAUUCCCCUAUGAUGAGUUUGGUCGCAUCAUACUGGAGGAGGGCUACCUUGUAUAUGAGUGCAAUCGCAUGUGCCACUGCAGCAAGACUUGUCACAAUAGAGUUUUGCAGAGAGGAGUUUGGGUAAAAUUGGAAGUCUUCAGAACAGACAAAAAGGGUUGGGCAAUCCGGGCAGGUGAAGCAAUCUCGCGAGGAACAUUUGUGUGCGAGUAUAUUGGGGAGGUUUUAGACGACUUAGAGGCUGAUAAUCGGCGCAAGAGGUAUAAUGGCAAAGAAGGUGGCAGUUUUCUCUAUGACAUCAAUUCCCAUAUAAAUGAUACGAGCAGAUUAAUCGAAGAAGAGGUCAAGUAUGUGAUUGAUGCGACAAAGUAUGGAAAUGUUUCUCGUUUCAUUAAUCACAGCUGUUCGCCUAAUCUAUCGAAUCAUCGAGUUCUCGUGGAAAGCAUGGAAAGCCAUCGUGCACAUAUCGGUUUUUACGCAAGCCAAGACAUAGCUUCAGGUGAGGAAUUAACCUACGACUAUCGUUAUGAAGUUAUUCCUGGAGAGGGUGCCCCUUGCCACUGUGAGGCAUCCAACUGCUGCGGUCGUCUAUAUUGACGCCGUGUCCUCGCCGUGUCACUGGCAUAACGAAGUUUUGUCUCGGAAAGAAGAUAACUAAGAGUCGGAUCCGCAGAGUCUGCAAUUUUCUGAUAGGGCCAGGUUGUCGGUUAUUAGGUUGUGCUGGUAUAGUUGUAGACGGCAACUUCUUUUUUUUCUUCCUGUCAGGCCAAAUAUAGUUUUCUUCAUAUGUUGACGUAAUGCCUGUUUUGAAUCGGGAAGAAGUUGCUGUUUCUUGCGCCUUUUUACUUGUGCCAUGA